AUGAUGGUAUUGAUUAACUUUUUAGUGCUGGUAUGGGUCUCAUGUGAUAUUAUAUCAUCGAGUGCAAUUCCAGUUCCAGGUACGAAGCUCAGCAUCACUGCAGGAUUCACGGACAACGACCUUCUGAACGCUGUACAUGAUGAUGACAUCAAAAUAUUUUUCUUCGGCAAAAACUCAUCCGAAGGUGUCCAACUUAACAUAACAGAUGAGAAGGCCGUGCAAAAUACGUCAUUUUCGACAACCAAGCAAACGUUUUUCGUGACCCAUGGAUGGAAUAAUGACAAGACCAGUAAAAUGCCCAGAUUAAUAAGAAAGGCAUUGUUGGAAAACUACGAUGUGAAUGUGUUCAUCGUAGACUGGAGCAGUCAUUCCAAAUCACUUUAUUCCCAGGCUUUCCUCGUUAUAGAAUCUAUGGGAAAAUUAUUGGCAUCAAAAAUUUCUGCUUUACAAAACAAUACUGGUUUAGAAUUGGGGAAGACUGCACUAAUUGGACAUUCGCUUGGAUCCCAUAUUUCUGGAGUAGCAGGUUCUGCCUUGGAUGGUAAAAUCGACUAUAUCCUAGGUAUGGAUCCAGCAGGACCUCUCUUUUUGUACGACGACGUCUCUAACAGAAUCUCACCAGCCAGUGCACAAUUUGUCCAGAUAAUGCACACCUGCGGGUCUAUCCUUGGCUUCAGCAAGCCUCUUGGAAUGGCAGAUUAUUACCCCAAUGGGGGUAUGAGUCAGCAUGGUUGUGGAUUGGAUGUUACUGGUAGCUGUUCUCACAGUCGAUCGUAUUACUACUACGUCGAAUCUUUGAAAUCCGGGCAGUUUGUAGCUCAAAAAUGCGAGAGUUAUGAUGAUUUCAAGAAGGACAAAUGUUUUGGUAGUCCAUCUAUCAUGGGAGGAUACAACAUAGAUAGAAGCGCAAGAGGAAGUUACUACUUGGAAACAAAUGAUAAGGCACCUUUCGCAAAAUCUACUAAUAAGACUGUUUCCAAGUUUUGA